CGAUUAUCUGCAAUAUAGGGUUGUCCCUUAACCAAGUAGUGGAUGGAGCCAGCUGGGCACAGCGGCAGCUGUCUCUUUUUCUCCACAUCCCUUUUGGGCGCCAUGCAGGUCCCAAGUCCAUGUGGAGAAACUGGCCAGCCAAAUGGAGCAAGGCUGGGAGGGGGCAUGUGCCCCCUGGCCCUGAGCAGUACUUGGCCAAGAGCGUAGGUUUGGAUUCAGUGGGUUUUGGCUACCUCCAGACAACCUUUGGUGUCCUCCAGCUUGUGGGAGGUUCCAUUUUUGGGAGGUUUGCAGAUAAAUUUGGUGCCCGAGCAGCCUUAAUUCUUUCCUGUGCAUCUGGAAGUGCCUUCUUCCUGCUUAUGUCCAUCUCCACGAGCGUCCCCCUCCUCUUCCUCUCCAGGCUGCCAGCAGUGUUCAUGCAUGGGCUACCAGGUGCUCAGAAGGUUAUUACAGACAUGACUACUCCUUCCCAACGUGCUGAUGCUUUGGGGAAGCUGGGUCUUUGCUUUGGAAUAGGCAUCAUCAUUGGCUCUGUCCUAGGAGGUGUCUUCUCCACCAAAUUAGGCAUUUUUGCUCCUAUGUAUGUCGGUCUGGUGGGAAAUCUCAUAAAUACCAUGAUAGCAAUGUUUUGGAUCCCUUUGCAGGCUAAACCAAAACCAGACCAUCAUUUGACAGAGCACAGCACAUCACAGUCUGGCAGUGUGUUCAGCAUCAGAGAAAUACUACGCCUGAUGAAGUUUCCGGGAGUAAUGGAAGUUUUCAUAGUCAAAGUCUUUGCUGGACUUCCCAUAGGUUUGUUCCUGAUUAUGUUUUCAAUCAUCUCUAUGGAUUUUUUUGGCUUGGAAGCAGUGGAGUCUGGAUACCUGAUGUCAUACUUCGGUGUCCUUCAAAUGGUUGUCCAGGGUCUGGUCAUUGGAAAACUCACUAGCCGCUGCACAGAGAUGACCCUGCUCAAGCUCAGUGUCUUCGUCUUUGCUGUCGUGGGCCUUGGCAUGGCCCUGAUGAGGACUGUGUGGCACUACUGCAUCAUUGCGGUGCCGCUGGUGUUUGCCUUCAGCACGCUGGGCACCAUCACCGACAGCAUCCUCACCAAGGCUGUCCCCUCCUCUGAUACUGCAACAUGUUGGAGAAGUCCAGAGGGAGGGCCCAACCUUUUAAGAAGACAGAUUUCUGCUCCAGAAAAAAAAAAAAAAUGGAAAGGGGAAAAAAGACUCCUCAAUCAUAAGAGCCAGUUUGGCAAUCGUAUGUAGUAAUUAGUUUAAUUCAGAUAGCUAGAGGGGGAAAAAUAAUUGCAAAACCUGCCCAGAAAGUUUGGUGGUUGUGGGAUGGCUCCCAUUGGCAAAGGGUCAAGGCGAGGUCCCACCCAUUGCCUUUGUGUUCCCAUGCGCGGGAGGAGCGCUCUGCAGCGCUUCCCGGGAGAUUUCCCUCUCCGCGCAGCUACGCCCUUGGCUCAGGCUCAUUGCACAAAUAUUUUAAGCAUGCUGAUAAAAGCCCAGCAGUCGCUGGCCGGUACUACACGAGCACCUGGCUGCCUUUUCUCUCUCAGAGCUGGUGAUCAUUUCCCUGUGGCUACCCACAUUAAAUAUCACACUUGACUCCACAUCUUCUCACACGCAGGACAGCAUCCUCCUCAUCCUUCCCAGAUGCUGCUGGCCUUGUGUGGCAGCAAAGCCUCAAUGCAUAUCUUGGUGGAAAACUGAUGCUAACAGUCUAAAUAAUUGUACUGAUAUUAAAAAAAUAUAAUUGCAAACAUAGUUUCAGAGCAGGGCACAAGUUUCUUGCAUAUGCUGCCAACUUGCCCUUCCUCCUGGUGCUGGGGACUAAUGGUUUUCUGGUUGGGUAUUUUCUGCUCCCCUGACUGUGAUAGGUGUCCUGCAUGAAGACUGCAUGGCGAAGACCACACUAAGUGUGUGGGGGCCAGUUUUGCGUUCCAUGGAAUGACCUGGCCAUCUGUCUGUGUGUGGAAAAAAACCUGCCUUUGGCAAACUAGAGGUGCUUCCCCAUCAACUGGGUUCCUGUUAAGGAUGCAAAUGGAGAGCUGCAAGAAGGGGGAACCAGACCAGCCAGACGAAGGGCUCGCAUUUCCAUCCAAAUGGAAAUAUCCGUUCUUUUUGCAAAGGUGGGGGGAGGAGGAGUAUUUCAAGGGGGGGUUCAGUCUUUAUCUGUGGUUUUAUUUAUUUAUUCUUAAAUACCUAGUUAGACCUAAGCUUCUCACAACUGCUAAGCCCUCAAGAGCUGUUCUGUCUUACACUAGAGAAUAACUGGCAAUAGCAGCUUGGGCAGAACAGGGCGCUCUAGGGUAUUAGGCUACUGGAAGAAUCUGUGUGAUUUGCUUGGAAGUCUCAACCACAACCCUAGAAAUUACCUGUCCAUCCCUAAACCUAUGCAGUAGUUACCAGUCCUGCUGGGUGCAAGGUUCAAAAGCAUCUUCUGGAGCUAAAGACAUCCUUGGGUCCUGGUGAAGGCAGCAGUAAGUACUGGCUUGCCUUUUGGGCAGUGUUACAGUUGUCUGGAAUGCUCAGUAAGGAGCUGACCUGGCUCAUGGUGGAAACUAGUCCCCAUGCCUCCUGGAAUCCUUAGCCUUAACAAACCCAAUUGGACCUCUGUAAAUUAAU